AGAGUUCUCCGUGUUCCCCUUUGAAAAGCAACACUGGAAUGCACACAAAUCACAUGAAGGACACACACAACAACUUCAACAAUUCUCUCCUUUAUGACCAAAAGGAGAAGCUUAUUCAGUCGAUUAAAAAGAUAAAACAUGAAAUUGACGAAUGUUAUGAAGCUGAGAAUGACGCCUUUGUGGGAGCACUGGAGGUCGAGAUUUGAGCAGAUUGAACGUGAAAUCCGAGCAGAGUUUCAGAACCUCCAUCGCUUCCUGAACGAAGAGGAGGAGAUGGACUUGGAACGGCUGAGGAAGGAAAGGGAUCGACGGGCGAAGAUCUUUAAAGAGAGAGAGAAGAAGAUAGCCACGCAGGGUAGAGAUCUAGAGAGAGCCAUCGAGACUUUAAACUGCAAGCUAAGGGAAGACGACAGUCCCAAACUUCUGAAGGAAAUCAAAGCGCUUCUGAAAAGAUGUGAAGUGAAUUUCAUCCGUCCUCCCACAAUAGACAGUGAAAUCUGCUCUGGUCAGUUUGUGGGACCCAUUCAAUACAGGAUCUGGAAGCACAUGAAAACAUCCCUCUAUCCAAACAUAUCUACACUGACUUUUGACCUUGAAACAGCACAUCCCUUGUUGACCCUGUCUGCUGAGAGCACUUCUGUGAUUUUCGAGGAGGACAAGGAGGUGCCGAAGGAGAACCCGGAAGAGAGGAACCCAAAAUGCUUUCAUUACUACUACUGCGUAAUGGGGUCUGAGGGCUUUACUCAUGGGCGGCAUUACUGGGAAGUGGAGGUGAAGGACAAGACCGCCUGGCGAGUGGGUGUGGCCAGAGCGGACGUGCAACGUGGCGAGAUGGACUCCACUUCCACAUUGAACGGACUGUGGACGUUGUCUCUCAGAAAUGGCUCGAUCACUGCCUGCACCCAUCCAAAGGCCACGCAGGUGCGCUCAUCUGCUCUCCUCGCUCGCAUCGGCAUCUUCCUGGACUGUGAUAAUGAGGAGGUGUCCUUCUACAACGCUGUGACCAUGAUGCCACUUUUCUCCUUCUACAUGGGGACUGUUUUAGUGCCAAUCUAUCCAUUCUACAACCCCUGUGACAAGGAUGAAGGAAAAAACUGUGCUCCUCUUACCAUCUUUCAUCCAACACUCUGAAGGGACUGACAACAUGGAUGAAUGUUUGCUUUCUCCAUAUACUACUUCAUCUUUGAAAUGUUGAAAUUUUGAUCAGCAUCACUGUGACGAGGAAGGCGGGACGAGAGCCAUGAGAGUAGGAAGCGAAGCCGGUGACACUCAUUAUCACUCGCGCCACCGGCCUCGCUUCCUCCUCUCACGGCUCUCGUCCCGCCACAAUCACCUUAAAGCAACACUUUGUAGUUUUUUUCGACCUUAAAAUAAUGUCUCUAAAAUAUUUCAGUGGUAGAACAACUAUUAACUGGACGAAUUCUACUCACGCUGCUAUCUGAGCAGCCUCAGAGCGGCUACAACCACACUCUGUAAGUUCUGUGUUCGGGUCGGUGCACACAGCCCCGCCCAUCCCAUUGUUUAGUCAACAAAUUCACGUGUAUAGCGCUGCGCACAGGGAAGCUUAUACAGCAACAUUAUUUACAACACUGGUAACAGACAAUUGCACUUAAUAACCAUAUGGGGAAGCCAUGAGCAAAAGUUCAAUAGUGUGGCUUUAAAUGUUGUAUGCCUAGAGAAAUAAGGAUAGAAGACAGUUUUUGAUGUUGUUAUCAACUUUACAAAUUAACAGUAACUUACUGUAGUAUGAGACUUAGUACAUGAUACUGUAAGCACAUGAAAUGUAAAGAUUUGAUUUUUCAUUCAACAAAUAUUCCUUAAUAUUACCUGUAUUUAAAGGAAUAGUUUGCCAAAAAACAACCUUAUAACCUGCAUGCUGUUAUUUUGCACAACGCACGACUAUAAGUACGUGAUGACAAAUUAUGAUGACAUUUUUGGGGUAAACUAUUCUAUAACAAUGUUUCUUUUUUAUUUGAUUUUCUUUUGCACUUUAUUAUUAAAAUGUAGUGAUGCAUUCAUUGUCUGCAAGCCAUUUCUGUGAAUCUCACAGUAAUAAAUGAAAAGCAAAAUAAGAAAGAAUUAAAAAGUGUGUGACUAAAAACAAGUUGUUAAACUCAUACUGUUAAUCUGUGUGUCUAUAAAUACACAACUGUUAAGUUCAGCCCUGGCACUACAAUGGAAACUAUGUGCUGUGAGACAGGCAUGUGAGCUAGAAAAGAAUAGAGAGAGAGACAGAAAGAGAGGAGUGAACGCUCCUGUAAACAAAGCACUCCUCUCGUCCUCUAUUUCAAAAGCAACGGCCCAGAAUAAAGAAAGAAGAGAGCAAGAUGAGAGACUUUGAGUGUGUUUGACUACAAGGCCAGAAAGCACUAUCUUUGUUUGCAAAUGUCUUCCAGCCACGGGAGAUCUGUG